GUAUCAUAUUUUAACAUCCACCUUGCACAUGGAGCAUCUAUUGCAUCAUUGGACUCUGUUACUGUACCUAACAAUUGGCAAGUUGCAAAGAAGAAUCCAAAAUGAAAAGCUGUUAUGCACGAAGAGCUAGGGGCUCUUAAGAAGAACCGCACUUGGGAGUUAGUAAAAUUACCAAAAGGGAAGAGAGCUGUUGGGUGCAAGUGGGUCUUCACUGUGAAGCAGAAUCCAGAUGGACAUGUUAAGCGCUACAAGGCUCGUCUGGUGGCAAAAGGGUAUAGUCAGACAUAUGACAUCGACUAUGAUGAGACUUUUGCACCGGUGGUGAAGAUGAGCACUGUUCGGAUCUUGAUCUCUCUAGCAGUAAAUGGUGGAUGGAAGCUACACCAACUAGAUGUGAAGAAUGCAUUUCUUCAUGGAGAUCUGGUGGAAGAUGUAUACAUGAAAAUUCCGUCAGGAUUCGACACAGAUCAGACAGUGGGCAAAGUCUGCAGAUUGAAGAAGUCUCUCUAUGGGCUGAAGCGGUCUCUCCGUGCUUGGUUCGACAGAUUCAGGAGGGCUAUGUUAGGUAUGGGGUACCAGCAGAUUAACGUCGAUCAUACAAUAUUUUUUCGACGGAGUGAAGGUUACAUCACCAUGCUUGCGGUAUAUGUGGAUGAUAUGACUAUUACAAGGGAUGAUGAGAAGGAGAUUGUUCAUCUCAAAGUGAGACUGGGUAAGGAAUUUGAGGUGAAAGAUCUUGGCUUGCUUCGAUACUUUCUUGGAAUAGAGAUAGCUCGAGGAGCGGAGGGGGUUGUCCUAUCCCAGAGGAAGUAUGCACUGGAUCUUCUCAAAGAGACAGGGAUGUUAGGGUGUAAACCUGUAACUACACCGAUUGAUCAGAAGUUCAAGCUGGGUGUUGAGGUUGGAGAGCCAGUUGAUUGUGACAGAUACCAGAGACUGGUGGGCAGGUUGAUCUAUUUGAGUCACACACGUCCUGAUAUCUCUUUUGCAGUGAGCGUGGUAAGUCGCUACAUGCAUGAUCCGAGAAAGGGUCAUAUGGACGCAGUGUUCCAGAUUCUUAGGUAUUUAAAGAGUGCUCCCGGAAAAGGGCUGAUAUUCAGGAAUGAACAUAUGAGCAUUGAGGGUUACUGUGACUCGGAUUGGGCUAGCUGUUCUGAUGACAGGAGGUUCACCUCAGGAUACUGUAUCUUUGCAGGAGGCAACUUAGUCUCGUGGAAGAGCAAGAAGCAUUCAGUGGUGGCGAGAUUAACAGCUGAAGCAGAGUAUAGAGUUAUGGCCUUAGGAGUCACGAAAUUGUUGUGGUUGAAGAGUAUGCUGGUGGAGCUGAAGCUGGAUCAAGGAGCAAAGAUGAAGCUGUGGUGUGAUAACAAGUCAGCCAUCAAUAUCGCCAAUAACCCAGUGUAGCAUGAUAGAACCAAACACAUCGAGAUCGAUAGGUUCUUCAUCAAAGAGAAGUUGGACAGUGAAUUACUGGAGUUAAGUCAUGUUUUAACUAAAGACCAGACAGCAGAUUGUCUGACUAAGGGGCUUAGCUCAGUAGAUAUGAUUAAAGAAUGUGACAAGAUGGGCUUAGUGGAUAUCUUUCGCCCAUCUUGAGGAGGAGUGUUGUCAUAUUAGUAUAGUUAAGGGGGUUAUUUGUAAGAUGUGUUUAUUGGGGCCUAUAUAAGCCCACAUUAUCUCAUUAAUAAAAUUAGGGUUUCUCAAUUUCUUCAGUAACACUGAAUUAUUAGGCUAAGUUUGGAGAAAUCUCUAUCUGACUCCUUGCCCUUGGUGUCGACUUUAGGCUGAGAAGAACUAGAGUUAGGUCGACUCUGAGGUUGACUAGAGGUAGUGGAACGGGAGGAUUGGGAGGAAUGAGUUUGAAAAUCUUGACUCCGAGAUUAGUAGGAUUUAGUCUCAUCCAAAUCUUGAACUAAGGAGUAGGUUCUCUCAAGGAUGUCUACUCUUCUAGAAAAGAGUUCUGUUUGGAGGUCACUUCUUAAUCCAACUCUAAACUUUGAUAAGACUUUCAUUGGUGCCUCUUGCUCAAGAGUGCUGCAUCGAGUAAAUAAUUCGUCAAAUUGAGCAACGUAUUCUUUUGCAGAUUUAGUUCCCUGAGUAAGUCGAUGCUACUUGUCUAGCAUUCUCUGAUAGAACAAUGACGGGACGCAUUUUCUUUUUAGUUCGCCAGUCAUUUCUCGCCAAGUUAAAAUUGGUAAUUCACCUCUAAUAUGCCUUGACAUUUCGAGGCUGGACCAAUAUUGGCAGGAUGGUGCGGUAAGCUUCAUUGCUGCAAACUUGACUUUUCGUAGUUUUGUCAGGGUGUACCAGUUAAAAUAGCGACCCAUGUUCUUCAGCCAGUCCAAGAAAGUUUGUGGGUCGAGCUUACCAUCAGUCGGUGCUUCGACCUUAAUGCUCCUCAGGUAUUGAGCAUCUGGAUCAUGCACAGGUUGAGGUAGGGGCUGAUGAACGAUGUGCCGAUGACCAUUCCCUUGACCUUGUGGCGGCGGAGUUUCAAUAUGCGCUUCUUCAAGCCUAGCGAGCCUCUUGUUUGUCACAUUUUGGAAGUCUGUCAGUGCCUCACGGGUAGCUCUGCAUUCCUAGACUACGGCACCUAGUUGUCCUGCUAGCUCAUCGAAUUUCUUAAGGAGUUAAGGAUUUGUACUGCCCGACAUGUUGGACUCAUUAGACGAUUCACUAGACUCCCCUAAUCGUAGGGUAUACCUAUACGAGUGGGCAUGCACUAACAACUAAAUGAGAUGAAUGAUAGUUUUUUAAUAAUAAAUAAAAGACUCAAUUAAACUAAUCUAAAAUAAAUAAAAAUUUCCUAACCUAGAACCAUGCUCUGAUACUAAAAAUGAUGUGAAACGGGCCAAGAGGUCUAUCAGAAUCAGCGAUUUAAAUCAAAUAAAACAUCGUUUUACCAAAUUUUAUGAUCUUUGGCAGGAAUUAAAUUCAAAACAACUAAUUUGGCAGAUGGAUUUAAUAAAAUUUGCAUAAAUACUUAAGAACAAUUCCAAUCUCACUCAAUUUAGUUGCAAUAUUCAUUAUCAUACAUAAGUUCUACAAUCAAUAUCAAAUUUUAACAGUCACAUGCUCAAUUACUCUAAACUCACAAAUAUAAUCUAUACAGUGAAUAUAUGAUAAGAGUUUAGAGAUGGAAUACUCAUGCAAUUAACUAAUAAAAUGAGAUUAACAAAAAAAUAAUUUGGAAAAUAAAUCACAACAACUAACCCACGGGCUGUUACUCUGCAAAUGUGCUUUGCUGGGUUCGAUGACUCCCUAUCGGGCUCAGAUGCUCGUCAAUGCGGAGAAAUGGGGUGGAGAUAAGAAGAAAUCGAGGGCGGUGGCAUCGACUGGGCGAUGACGUAGGCGAUAGCGUCGAGCAGGAGGGCGACGAGAGCAGUGGCGUCGAACUGGACAAUGACGCAGGCGACGACGUCGAGCUGGGAACCGACGAGAGGGAC